AACAAACGCACACAAACCUGCCUCUGGGAGGGAACUAGCCAGGUGAAAUCUCACUCUGUUUCCAUGGACAACCCGUCCAUUAUCACCCAGGUGACUAACCCCAAAGAGGAGGAAAUACUGUCCUGUACUCAGGAUAAAGAUCUUUUUGAAGGAUUCUUCCUUGAACCUACAAAAGAAAUCAAGGCUACUUAGCAUCUGAAAGUGGACAGGCAGAACUGAUCUGUAAAUAUGCAAUCACAGACUGGUUACAACAUCAGGGUGUUUGUUAUGAUUUGAGGUAAUACAUUUGCAGUGCCAUUGUAGCUGUAUUUGUCCCAGGAUAUGAAGGAGACCAGAAAUCCUUGGAGGAUCAGAGAACUAUGGUGGUGGGAGAUUUCUCAGUUUUCAGGUGGAGAGCUUGGACUGCAGAAAAAUUGACAAAAAUGCAUCCUGCCACUUACUGUGUCCCAAUGUAAUAUCAGCUUGAAAAAGCAAAGGAGUCGAAGUAUCUUGAGCACCUUAUUCUGCUGUUUUCGUGACUACAAUGUCGAGCCACCAUCUACCAAUAGCACUAGUACUCUUCCUCCAUUGGUGGAGGAGAAUGGGGGACUUCAGAAGGGUGACCAGAUGCAGGUCAUUCCCAUACCAAGUCCACCUGCUAAAUACCUCCUGCCAGAACUGACAGUAUCGGACUAUGGGAAGAAAUGUGUGGUCAUUGAUUUAGAUGAAACGUUGGUGCACAGUUCAUUUAAGCCAAUUAGUAAUGCUGACUUCAUUGUUCCUGUUGAAAUUGAUGGAACCAUACAUCAGAUUUACAGUUGCCAAAAUGGAGGUUUUCUUCUCAGAUUGGUUAAUGGCCUUCCUGAUGAGUGGUGUCUAACUGCUAGUGUCCCUCUAACUACUUCAAAACUUUCUAGAAUCGUCUCUCCAGGAUUUUUAUAUCAAUUUCUGACUCCUCUUGUGGAUUCUAAGAUUCUCCUAGCAGGAAGUGAUUUAACACCAUAUUUGCAAACAUUGUGUAUCCAGGUUUAUGUAUUGAAGCGACCACAUGUGGAUGAGUUUCUCCAGAGGAUGGGAGAGCUCUUUGAGUGUGUACUCUUCACAGCCAGUCUAGCCAAGUAUGCGGAUCCAGUAGCAGACUUGUUGGAUCGGUGGGGUGUGUUCAGGGCGAGACUCUUCAGAGAAUCCUGUGUUUUCCACAGAGGAAAUUAUGUGAAGGAUCUGAGUCGACUGGGACGAGAACUAAGUAAAGUUAUUAUAGUGGAUAACUCUCCUGCAUCCUACAUCUUCCACCCUGAAAAUGCAGUGCCUGUGCAGUCCUGGUUUGAUGACAUGAUGGACACAGAGCUGCUAGAUCUUAUUCCUUUCUUUGAAGGACUAAGCAGAGAGGAAGAAGUUUACAGUAUGCUUCACAAACUUUGCAACAGGUAGCCCUUAAAUCUGACUGGCGCAGGUUGAUUGCAGUUGCUACAGACGCUCUCCAUCUCUCACAGCUCUUUCAAACAUAAGCUUUGAGAAGGCCACUCCUGUCAGAAGUGCUACUUUUGAUCUUCCUGUUACAUUGUACACGAAGGACAGUCAUGAGUGAUGCUAUUAAGCCUUCAGAAGUCUGACAACCUAAGGUCACACGUUCAGACUCCUUUUUUAAAGAAAAAAAGAAGCUAUUUUCGAUGGGACUCUUUUAAUGACUUUCAUAAGUGGCCACAUUUUACUGGAUCAGCUUUUCUUAAAACAUGCCAAAAAAAAAAAGCUUGUUAUAUUUCAGCAGUCAAAUCUUUCCCCCUCCCACUAUGCAGACAGUUUCACCCUCUGCUUAGAGCAGUUGACCUGACUCUGAAUUUUUUUCUUACAGAAUGAAGUGCCUUUUUGAAUGUUAUUUUAAGACAUUUUUGUAUAAGGUGUAUUUCCAGACAUCUUUUAGUCUUGUAUUGUCUAAACGCUUUAAAAAGGAAAAAGGAAAAUUUUUAUAGAGCACUGUAAUAUAUGGUAACAAAGGAAACAGUUGAAACAAAUAUGCUGGGAGUCCUGCCUCCAUGGUGAUGUUAUGCUAUAUUAAUUACACUUUGUCAUGCUCAAAAGGUUUAGGAAUUUGGGGAAGGGUGAUUUCAUUUUUGUAUCACUAUGGUCUUACUCAUUUUGGACCAGUUUGAACAUAUCUGCAGUUGUUUGGUUCUUAGGGAAUGAUAGAAUUGGGAAAAUGCAGUGACAAACAGAUCUCAAGCACCUUUUAUGCUAGAUGGAUCAAGUUCUAUUAUCUCUGCUUGCACACAACUGCCAUGCCUCUCCAAUUUUUAAAAACACCAUUGUGAGAAACCCAUUAUAUUUGUUUGGGGGGGAGAGAAUACAGAGAAUCUAUUUAUUGAUUUAAAUUCUUUUCUUACUAAAACCCACCUGGGUAAGCUGGAUGUGUCCUGAGCUGUUAAGAGUAUUUUUUCCUCUUAAUUGCUGCUACUAUAUACUCACCAAAUGGAGUUGACCAUCGGCUGUUAUACUGUUUUUGCCACUGUGCCUGUGCUACAAAAACAUUUGCUUUAAGAUGCAAAUUUGGGCAAUAAAUGAAAUGCAGGUAAUAGAUCCCACCUGCAUGUGGUAAACGUGUGGAUCUGAUAUACCAGAUAACUCAGUUAAAGGUGACCUGCAAAGGACUUUGGAAAAUGCCUUUUGCUCCUUUAUGCACCAUAAAGAAGCAAAAUGGAGGCAUGAGACCAAUUUAUUUUAAAGUGGGGGCUUUUUUUCUCCUGCUUUGGUUUUUUUCCUUCAAAAUGUCAACUGAUCUUUCCUGGUUUUUGCUGCAAAUUUGUUGAGAGUCUCAGCUGCAGGUUGGGAGCCAUAUCACCCAUGCUGGAGGUAUGUUUAAAUCAGAAUUCCUUUCUCUAGAGUGUACUUUAGACUUUGGAGUUAAAUCGAUUUUAUAUUUUUUUAACAUUCUAACUAAAAACUGUCUUUUCAGUUUACUUGGCUUUCAUUUGUUUACACUAGUUUUUCAUUCAUCCAGGAUAGACACAACUUGAAUUUCUGAUGUUCAAAACAUUUCUAACUUUUUAGUUUUAAGCCUUUUGAAGCAAAAAUGCACAACCUUUUUUUUCUUCUCCUGGUUAACCAUUGGUGAAUGAGUAAAAAUCUAGUCAUACAAAUUAGCCAUACUUGGCAGGCAUCAAAGAAAGCUAAACUAAGUAUUUGGUGCUUUAAUUAGCUUACUUUUAAAUGCCACAAGGUAGUUACAGGUUGCCUUUUUACAAGUAUGACCAAUAGGAAUUACAAGAAGCUGACCUGGAUUAUUGUCAUUGACUAAAACAUUUACUAAGCAGUUUAAUAAAUUAAUUCCUAAAAGGGUGGGCCAGCCUACACAGGUAUGGAAUAGAUUAUCACAGGUGCAGUAUAAGACCAAGAAAGGACUUGUCUCCUUGCAGUGCAGCUUCGCACUGUGCUCGCAGUGUUUUCUCAGUGAAGGUGUUCUAAGCAGUACCAUAACAUUUGACUCUGUACAACAUAACUGUUUCUUUCUGUUACCAGUUGUGAUUACCUUAGUACUGUAUGUUUUUAUGCCAGAACUAAGUUCUGACAAUUGAAAAAAAAUCUAGAUGGUUUAAAAGGACGUAUGGAUUCUGGUUAGUCCAUUAAGUUUGUGUUCAGUCUAAGAUGUUUAGUUUUCUUUUGGAAUACAGAGUAACAAAACCAUAAACUGCCAAAAAGUUGUUCUCUGAGCAGUAUUUUUAACUGUAUUUGUGACCUUUGUGCCUCAGAUGCAGUCUGCAGGGAAGUAUUCAGGUUGUACUUUAUUGUGCAGGUAUGAUGAGAAUGGCUGAAAAUAAUUCAAAGAUUUUCACACAAGUAUUAGACCAAUUAGACAGUGAAUAACUCCUUCAUGACCCAUUGCCAUUUAAACAGUUGUGAUCUGUUGUACAUAAGACGAACCAUGUUAUUAGCUGUUCGCAUUUAUAAAAGCAGUGAUUUCAUGAACCAGUUGCCUUAAAUGUCUCUGAAUGAAUGUUGAUAUAAAAGUGACUUGUAUUGUUUUGAAAUCAACAUGUAAUGGACAACUGAACUUCUUUUCAAUCACUAUAUUUGUGGUGUUUCCAUAUAGCUUUAAUACUGUUUGGGCUCAUGUAAUUCAAAAAGUUCCAGAAAAAAAUUGGCUUUAUAAUUUCAGCUGAUACAGCAUACAAAAUAACACGCAGUGGUCAAAAAUGACAAAAUCAGGGGUUUUACAUAUUACCAUUUCUGAUCCAUGCGAAUAUUGUAAGUGCAUUUUAUAUAUGAUUUUUGUUUGAGUUCUAAUCAUGGUAAGUCACUCUAGAACAUGAAAAUAUUUUUGGAUAAUACCCGAUUCCUUCUAAUAUCAAAUGAGGUGGUUGUAUAAGAUCAAGCUUUAGGUUUCCUAAGUGUUUGGAUUUUUUACAGUAUAUGAGCAAUUAUCAUAUAUACCUUUUUUUGCACUUUAUUUUCCCACACUUAAAAAAUCCAGAUUUUUAUAAGCUCUUUUGAUUUACAUAUAACUAACUAUAUAUUUGAAGCACCUAGAUUUUAACAAAGCACUAUAGUUCUAAAUAUAAUCCCAGAAAAACAAAUAGAAUGUUUGUAAAAAUUGCAAUAUAAUUUUGGUUUUACUUUUAAUUGAAUGAGAAUUUGAAAAUAAAAACAAAAAAUCUAAUUGUUUCCCAAAGCUCUUCCAUAUUUCCCAGUGCAGUAGUGCAUGCUGCAUGUAUGUCACCAAGACUGUUAUAAGCCUUGUCUUUCAAUUAUAAUUCCCAGAUAUUACCACAAUACUAUUAAAAGUCUUUCCCAGUGGAUCAUUCAGUUCAGCUAAAGAAAUGCUGCCUGACCUGAAGUUCCGUUGUCCUUUUGUGUUGGGUUAAAAAAAGGUUAUUUGCCUGCAAAGGGGGAAGAUUAUAUAUAAAUAUAUAUAUUUUUAUUUAAAAUGUAAGGCAGAGUGCCAUAGAUUCUUGAAAUUCAACUAAAAUGUUAUGAUUAAAUUGCCAUCUGUAAAUUAGGGCUGUGCGCAGAAUAUUUGUUAAACACCAUGAGGUUUUGAAUGAAAGAUUUUAGCAAAUGUACAAUACUACUGUAUUCAUUUAGGUAACUUUGGAGAAAAAAACCUGUCUCUUGUUUUUCCCUUUAAUUGCUUUUUACAAAAAACAGUGAAGUUAUACAUGGAAGAAACCCAUCACCUGCAGAGCUUCGAUUUUCAGUGUGUUCAAUCACUUUAUCAUGGCAUGAUUUUGAUUAGAGUGGUUGAGGGGGGUCAAUAAAAUAUCUAAAUUGCACUGGCUUGUACUGGGGUUGCAGCUUUGAAAUUUCAAUGUAAAAAGUCUGUAGCGAUAUAAUUUACAAACACACACAAACCUAUGUCUUACAGAAUUUUUUACUAAUAAAACACAGAAUCGCACAGCCCUAUUGUUAAAAAAAAAAAAAGUUUGUGCCUCUGAUUUCAAAGGUGCUGUGAUGUAUGCCUUUUGUGUGGUGAGGAGGAAGGCAGGUAAGACUUGGGUUGGGGAAUUGCUUGAAAUUCUAUAGGUUAACUAUGCAAAAAGAGCUGUUAGUUUUCUGUUCAUAUUUUAUUGUAAAAUCCAGCUGUCUAACUUUUUGUUAAAACUCUUCUGGGAAAUUAAGAGGAGUAAGCAAUGGACAUAUUGCUUGUUUGUCUAAUAAUGGAGCUGUUUACACUUUAAUGCAAUGAACAAUCCAGCAAUACUUGAGAAACACUACAUAUACAGUAUGAGUGUUUUGAGGAGAGAGAAGUGUUGUCAAUCAGGUAUUGAAUGGUUUCUUUACUGUCACAAAUAAAAGUUUUUAACAAUU